AUCCGGCCCGCGGCCAUGCGCCAGCGCCGCGCCGAGCGGCCGAGCGGCGGGGCUGCACCGCCGCCGCGUCCCGCGGUAGCGGCGUGAAGCGGCGUGAGGAUGAAGCGGGCGAGGCGGGCCGCGCCGGGCCCCCUGCCCGUGCUGGGGCUGCUGCUGCUGGGCGCCCUGCCGGGGCUCUGGACGGUGCUGCUGCGGCGGGAGGCGGCGGCGCUGCCCGAGCCGCGCCCGCCCGCCGGGCAGCCCCCGGGGCGAUGGGGCUGGGCGCGCUCCCCGGCGGCGCGGGACGAGUCCGCCGGCGGCGGGCAGAAAACUUUUCGGACGCUGCUGGCGGUGCCGGCGGCGGCGACGGGCCGGGAGGAGCGGGACGGCGAGGAGCGGCUCGCCGUGACCGACUCGCCGCCGCCGGCCGACGCCGCCUCUCCGGUGGAGCGGGGCAUCUUCUGGAGCCGUGAGCUGGAGGAGCAGGUGCCGCCGGGCUUCGCGGCGGAGGAGGCGGCGGCGUGGCUGUCGGCCGCCCGCGCAGCCCGCGUGGCCUCGCUGGAGCGCGGCGGCUGCGGGCGCAGCUCCAACCGGCUGGCGCGGCUGUCGGACGGGAGCCGCGCCUGCGUCCGCUACGGCAUCAACCCGGAGCAGAUCCAGGGCGAGGCGCUCUCGUAUCACCUGGCCGGGGUGCUGGGCAUGCAGGAGCGGCUGCCGCCCAUGGCCCUCGCCCUGGUGGAAGCCCGCGGGCGGCAGUGGGAGCCGGUGCGCGAGGAGCUGCGCGGCUCGCACUGGGCCGAGGGCGCCGUGGUCAGCCUGACCCGCUGGGUGGACAACCUCACCGCCGUGGUGGCCCCGGCGCCCUGGGGCGACGAGCCGGGCGCCGGCCGGCGGCUGCAGCCGCUGUCGGCGGGGGAGCUGGUCGGGCUGCCGCCGUCGCAGCUGGUGGAGCUGGUGCAGUGGAGCGACCUGAUCCUCUUCGAUUACCUGACGGCCAACUUCGACCGCCUGGUCAGCAACCUCUUCAGCCUGCAGUGGGACCCGCGGGUGAUGCGCCGCGCCACCAGCAACCUGCUCCGCGGCCCCGACGGCGGGCUCGUCUUCAUGGACAACGAGGCGGGGCUGGUGCACGGCUACCGCCUCCUCGCCAUGUGGGACCCGUACAACGAGCCGCUGCUGCGCUCCGUGUGCGUGUUCCGCGAGGGCACGGCCCGCCGGGUGGCCGAGCUGCACCGCCGCCGCAGCGCUGCCGCCGAGCUGCGCCGCCGCUACCGGGCGCGGGAGCCGCUCUGGGCGCGCCUCGGCUUCCUGUCGGAGCGCCAGGCCGAGCUGCUGCAGGCCCGCGUGGACUUCGUGCACCGCCACAUCGCGCACUGCCGCGCCCAGGCCGCCGCGCUCUGAGCGCCCGCGCCCGGCUCCGCGCUGCUCCCGGUGCUGCCCGGCCGGAGCCGGCCCCGCUGCCGCCUCGGUGCCCCGGGCUGCG